AUGAUGACUGAGGGAAAUGAGAGUGCUGGAAACACUUUUGUCCUCUUGGGCUUCUCAGAGUUCCCAAACCUCCAGGCACUCCUUUUCCAGGUGUUCUUGGCCAUCUACACCAUCACUGUGGUGGGGAACCUGGGCAUGAUUGUGGUCAUAAAGAUCAAUCCCAAACUCCAUACACCCAUGUACUUUUUUCUUGGCAAUCUGUCCUUUUUGGAUUUUUGUUAUUCCAGUGUAGUCACACCCAAACUACUAGAAAUCUUAGUUGUGAGAGACAGAACUAUCUCCUUCAAAGGAUGCAUGACACAAUUUUUCUUUGCCUGCACGUUUGUGAUUGUGGAAAUGUUCAUGUUGGCAGUGAUGGCCUAUGACCGGUUUGUGGCUGUUUGUAACCCCCUGCUGUACACAGUUGUGAUGUCUCCUAAGCUCUGUGCUCUCCUUGUAGCUGGAACUUACACUUGGGGUGGACUCUGUUCCUUGACACUCACAUGUUCUCUCUUGGAACUAUCCUAUUGUGGACAUAACGUUAUAAAUCACUACCGCUGUGAAUAUUCUGCCCUCCUCUCUGUGUCCUGCUCUGACUCGCACUUCAGCCAGAUGGUGGCAUUCAUCAUUUCUACAUUCAGCGAGGUUUGUAGUCUCCUGAUCAUCCUCACCUCCUAUGUCUUCAUAGUUGUCAGUAUCACUAAUAUGCCUUCCAUGGGUGGACUUCGGAAGAGAGCCUUCUCCACCUGUACCUCUCACCUGACUGCCAUCACCAUUUUCCACGGGGACAUCCUCCUCCUCUACUGUGUGCCCAACUCCAAAAGCUCAAGGCUCUUUAUUAAAGUAGCCACUGUGUUUUACUCCAUUGUGAUCCCUGUGCUAAAGCCUCUUAUCUACAGCCUUAGAAAUAAGGAUGUGAAGGAGACUGUCAUGAAGUUAAUUCACACCAGCUUUCUUUCUCACUCACUGUAA